UUUCCUCAUCGUCCUGCUCAACAUGUCCGCCCUCCGUGCAUUCCCUGCUGCUACUUCUAUGUUACGCUCCACCUCCCGCCCGCUGUUGCGCUCCAUACUCCGUACCACCCUUCCUGCGGCAUCUCGUCUCCCAGUCCGGGCAUUCAGCGCCACCCGUCUCUCCCGCUCCGCAGGUGAAUCGGACGUAGCACUCUCCUCCAGAUUGAAAGAAGAGAUCAAGUACGAAGCUGAGAAUUCUCUUGCUGCUGAACCAGAGUUCUUGAAGGAGUUCAAGGGUCAGAACGUCUGGGAGAUCAGGGACAAGGAGGGGCACGAUGAUGUUGAGCUUCUACGGACAUUCGGGAACGAGACUAUAAAAGUCUUCUUCUCUAUUGCGGAUAUCGAUAACGAGCAACCGCAGUUCGAAGGCGAGGAAGGCGCAGAAGAGCCCCCCCAGACCUACUCCCUCCGCUGCAGCGCAACCAUCUCCAAGCCCUCUGGCGGAGCACUCGUAGUCGAGCUCAUGAGCGAAGAAGGCACGUUCAUCAUCGACGGCGUCUCCUACUACUCCGACGCGCGCUUGGGCACGGAGAUGUCCGCGAACGCGGAAUGGGAGCGGAGGGGCAUGUACAUCGGCCCCCAGUUUGAUAACCUGGACGUGCAGGUGCAGGAGGAGUUCGAGAAGUAUAUCCAGGAGAGGGGCAUCACCGAUGAGCUCGCGAGCUUCAUCCCGGAUUAUGCGGAGUACAAAGAACAAAAGGAAUACGUCAAGUGGCUGAACAGCGUGACCAAGUUUGUGGACGCUUGAACACCCCCCGUCCGCUCUAUCUAGAUCCGCAUGUGCAUCUGCCUGCAUGUGGAGUUAUGACCCAACGCUUAGUAGCUUAAUCUGCGCCUAGCUCUAUGUCUACAUCUUUAUAUUCAAAAGCGCAUGACUGCACCACUCCAAUAGCACUGUUUGACUA